AUGUACUCCCAAAUCAUUGACAUAGUACAAGUGUACCCCGACUCGUACACGCAAGCGAUCGAAUUAAUCCCCAUGUACUGUCUUGAAACAACGAAAGACACCACAAAGGAAUGCUUAAAUGUGAUGCGAGAUUUUGUCAAUAGCCAACUUGGUAACAAUUAUAAUCAUUUAAAAAGGUGUCGAAAAUUAAACGAGGAAAAUAUCCAAAUACUUGUGGGUUUCUGUGCCCAACUGCCAGACGAUUUACUUAGCAAAGUUGUGCAAAUAAAUGGAGGCAAAUCAAUUCCCAUAAAAAUGGUGCAUGUAUCCAAGCACCCCCCCAUGACGAGAAAGCAGUACGCAGAGUGGUCUGUGCAUUGGCCACUCUAUUAUAGAAAACCAGCAAAUGAGUUAACAACGUUAGCAAAAGAAGAAAUAAAAAAAUUCAUACACUUUGUAAAAAUUGCAAUUCGAGUUGGGAAAAUUUUUGGCACAUGCCAAGGUGGGUGCGUUUUAACGCACAAUCAUAAAAUUAUUGCCUGUUCAGGUGAUAAUAUAAAAAAUCACCCACUGCAGCAUGCAGUGAUGUUGGCCAUUGAGCAGGCUUCUUUCAAAUUACGCCACCUGUGGAAAAUCAAAAAGGAAGUGCACAUGGGAACAAACAAUUAUAACAGUAACACUACGGAUUGCAUCACUAAUCACGUGCAGAAUGCGCACACCUCGGAAUGCGAAGCGGUGGAUGAGGAUGAAGUAGUCGAUGGUGGAGCCGCUGAUAGAGUCGAUGGUGGAGCCGCUGAUAGAGUCGAUGAUGCAGCCGCUGAUAGAGCCGCUGAUAGAGCCGCUGAUGGAACCGCUGAUAGAGCCGCUGAUGGAACCGCUGAUGGAACCGCUGAUGGGGCAGAUCUCACGCGGUUAUCCACGCUCAACCCUGUUGAGGACGACCAGUACCUAUGCACCAAUUAUUACGCCUACCUAAGCCACGAACCCUGCUUUAUGUGUGCAAUGGCGAUGGUGCACUCUCGCAUUAAAUGUGUCAUCUUUGAUGAAUUGAACCGAGACAAUGGAGCCUUGUUCAGUCGGGCAAAGCUGCACUGUGUAAAGAACCUCAAUCACCAUUUUAAGGUUUACAAAACGGUGCGCCAC